AGAGUCCCUCCUCUUCCAGUGAAACUCCCCACACCCUGAUGAAUAAAUCCCCCCAGCGGCUGCAUCCAGACGCAGACAGUCCACCAUCAGAAAGCAGCAUGUACUCAGAGAUCGACUGCGGGGUUUGUUACCGGACCUACAACACGGGUCGCCGGUGUCCCCGGGAGCUCCACUGCAAACACACCUUCUGUGAGAGCUGCCUCCUGGCUCUGUCCCGACCCCCGAGACCCGCCGAGGGGGAUCCGGGAGCCGACAGGUUGAUCCUCUGCCCGCUGUGCCGACACACCACGUCCAUCUCCGGGGAGAGGAGGCUGAGAGCCGAGCUGAGGGUGGAUGAAUGCGCCCUGGAGCGGCUGGUAGCAGCGGGAGCCCUGGAUCAGGAGGAGGACGAUGAUCCGGAGGACAGCGGCCAAACUGAAGAGGAGGAGGUGGAAGCGGGGCUGGGCGGGAGCUCAGGCCAGGAGAGUGGCUCCGCCGCCGGUACCGGAGGUGGGCGUCUCCGCCGGUCCUGGAAGAGAGUUUGGCGGAUGAUCAUUGGGAAGGACGCAGGGCGGGAAACAGAAAUUGGCUGUUUGACCGAUGAGGACUUCACCAGCCUCGCCAUAAUGUCCAGCAUGUUUUGAGCAUCAUCCACUCCCAAAUACCCUACAUAAUGUGACACUGUAUUUAUUUUCAAUGGUUCACCCUUCCAACAUGGGCUGAAUUUUUUUUUACAUUCCAAUUUUGUUACAUAGGUACACAAUCUUGUUGGCAAGACACGUGGACACAAUCCACAUGAUGUUUUAAAUGAUUUUUUUCAGUUGUGUAAUUGUUUAAAUGAUGAUGGAUGUAGCCGUUGCAUUCAAAUGAGCAGGCAAAAAUAAGAAAGUACAUUUUAGGCCUAUGCAGAGGUGUUUAUAUUUGUUAUUUAUUCUUUAAAUGAAUGUAUUUAUUUUAACAUCUCUGAUGUAAGCUGAAAGAAAAAUAAAUGUUGUUUUUUGUACUCACUUUGAAGCUUUGGUCACCUGAUGACAUUUGGAUGUGUGUGUGCAUUAAAAAAAAUUAAAAACAA